AUGGGUCCUCAGCUGCUUCUGGUCGUGGGCUUGCUCCUACAAGUGCUCUCUGCGCAUAAGCUGCACCCGCGCCAAAGCACUGCCUGCGACUUCUGGGUAGCCGCCUCCUACGCUGGAGAAACUUGCGACACUUUCACUCGGAGGUGGCGUAUUGAUCGUGCCACAUUUCUAUUGUUAAAUCCCGGCACCGACUGCUCCUCUCUUGCCGAUGAUCGCACCUACUGUGUGAAGGAAAAGAACCCGUCGAUCUCGGCUACGGCCACGAUAUCAACCACAGCCACCUCUCCACCGAUAGUGUCCACCACCACUGACAGCUCCACCGCGACAUCGUCCACCACCACCGACAGAUCUACAGUGACAUCGUCUGCAACUUCUAGCAGCUCUACAGCGACAAGGGAAUCUACGACUCCGACAGCUAGCGCCGAGUCUACCGCGUCAGCUCCUACCAUUCCCCUGCAAAUAACGAUGAUUGUUACACUAUUGUUGUCUCUCUGCUUUAUUUAA